AUGGGAAGGUGAUGAUGGAGUACAUUGGAGCAACCGGUGUUCCAAUAACAUUUACCCCUGUUCCCAUUGAAGAUGGCAUUGACUUUCACUUCAUACUAAGCUUUGCCAUUGAUACAGACUCCUCAGGAAAUCCCCAAAAUGGCACGUUCUCAGCAUACUGGGCACCAACCUUAACCUUAGAAUCAGUAGCAACCAUCAAGGCCAUCCACGCCAAUGUUAAGGCCUUGGCCAGUCUCUCCUGCUGGAGCCUAGGCAACAAAGUCCUCCGUUGGUACACCCCACCCGACCCCCAACAAUGGAUCUCCAAUGCCUUCACCUCCCUUAAAAAACUUGUCACCACAUACCACCUAGAUGGAAUUGACAUAGACUACGAAAACUUCCCGAAACACAACGAAAGCUUUGCCUAUUGCAUUGAACCAAAGUGUCAUCCUGUGGCCACAAUCGCGCCAUUUUACAGCACGACUGCACCCUACAUGGAACUCUAUAACCGAUGUGGAGAUGUGAUUGACUACAUAAACCACCAAUUCUAUACCGAUAAGGUCAAGACCCUGAGGGGAUUUUUGGAAGCCUUCAGACUUAGAACUCAGCAGUUUGGGAGAGAGAAAGUGUUGCCUAGCUAUGAAGUUAAUGUGAGGGGAAUUCAAGGGGAUGCAUUUUUUGAGGCUUUGAGUCUUUUGGAAGAAAAUGGUUUUGAUGUUAAUGGGGUGAUGAUCUUCUCUGCUGAUGCUUCUGCUUCCAAUGACUAUUAUUAUGAGAGGAAAUCUCAAGCUUUCUUGCUCAAUUCUACUAGCACAUGA